UGCCGUAGCACAUGUGUUGCUAUCUCUCUUGUUCUUACAAAAAGAAACAGAGACAGCGAUAGUGUUCGUAAACAAGUGCACGUCAUUUUAAUUUAACGUCGUAAAUGAGAUCGUUUUUGUCAACAAUUACAGCAUAAGAUGAAGUCGUGCGGUGCAUUUUGCUUUUGGUUAAUUUAUUUGAUAACCAUAAAUUACGUCAAUGGCCGUGGCAGUAAGAACUGCACACUUACUUUAAACACAGAUUUUGGUGAACCAGCGCCUGUGUAUAUUAAUAAUGGAACAUAUUUGACUCCCAAUACUCCGUCGGGCGGCAUUUUACUAUCCCGUUCGGAUACAUUGCUCGUUGGAUGUCCUGGCAACAAGAAGUUUGUUGUUUUAGGCAAUCAAACGACUAAUUUGGACGCUAUAGAAGUGCAUUGUCUUCACGACAAUGUGUUCCGGUCAGGUCGAUGGAUUGGACAAUUCAAAGAUAUAAAAUGUACUUCACUGCCGUGGUUCUCGGCCGAGGAGACGUCUAUUACAUGCGCUGGUCGACAUAAACUUUAUCGGGUAGGUUAUAAGAUCCGCGAUGUCUUCCAUACAUUGUACACAGCGUGCUUCUCCCGUCAACUGCUGUCGACACUGUACGUACACCACGAGCUUAGACCGUGCAGUAAUUUUAUGCAAAAUUCGUCGAGCAGACCUAACUUUCUUGAGGGCGGUGUGUUCGACAAAGUGCAAAUGUCAAAAGUUUAUGCGGUGCACAACCAGAAGUAUCGAUUGAAUCAAAUUCUAGGAGAUGGUAUGGACCAGCAAUACAUAACGAGGACUCAGUUCCUAAACCGCGGUCAUUUAGCGGCGAGAGCGGACUUCGUGAUGCGUGCGACUCAGAAGGCGUCUUUCCAUUACAUCAAUGCGGCGCCGCAGUGGAUGAGAGGAAACGCGGGAGACUGGGCUGCUUUAGAAGAUGCACUUCGAAGACGUAUAUCGUCGUACGGUUCUGGAAUACAAGUGUACACGGGGACUCACGGUGUUGCUACGCUAGCUGACCAGCAUGGUCGUCUGCAAGAGUUGUUUCUUCAUAUUGAUAAUAACAAUAACAGAAUAAUACCUGUGCCGAUGUAUUUUUAUAAGUUGAUAUACGAUCCUAAAAAGAAAACAGCGGUCGCAUUUAUAUCGAUAAAUUCAUCGUACUACAACAUCACUAUAAUUGACAAGUUGACGUUUUGCGAUGACAUUUGCGUUGACGACCGGAACUAUUCAUGGUUAAAAUGGCGUCCGAACGACGGGACACACAGUUUCUGUUGUGAAUACCAAGAUUUCGUUAAUUACAUCGAUUAUUUACCUACAUUAGAUGUAAAAGGAUUAUUUUAUUAAUAUUAAGGAUUAAAAUAACAAUUUAAAAUUAAAAAUAUACCUCGUUUUGAUCAAUGAAAUGUAGAAACGUAUUUUAUGGCGGCAUUUAUUUCACGGUUUUAGUUAUUUUAUAAAAAUUGUAAGAUAAAGAGUAGUGAUAUAGUAAAACAAAGGUUACUAACGUUAUAUAGUUAUCUAGAAAAAAUGUUAUCUAUACUAAUAUUAUAAAGAGGAAAGAAUUGUAUUUUUGUAUGUAUUGAAAUAACUCAAA